AUGUCAAAGAAGCGGUCUUCUGCCGAGGGGCUUGAAGAGAGCGACGGCUCCGAAGGUCAACGACGUGAGAAACGGAAACGCGAACUUCGCAGCCCUAUCAUCGACCGAGACGUCUUCGACCCUUAUCGAGAGGCGAUGCUCCAAGGAAUUACAGCUCGAGCACAGGAGGCAAUGGAAGAACAGGAGAACGUCAACGAGAAGAUCUUCGACCAAGGAAGCAAUGGUGCCGGCACGAUAUUCGCAAAGACGCCACAUAUCAUGUCUUCAAAGCCAUCAGAGCCAGCCACUAUUCCUGGCGCCGGUCUGUGGAAGCCAUUCUGGAAGAAUGUGGAAGGAAGGACUCAAGCUGAGAUCCUUAGAGCGGAGAACAUGAUCAAGGCGAAGUGGCCAAUUCCCUCCCGACCCAGCAUCUCGCCGCUCACGCCACCACCACGCAGCCCUGGAGAGGAAGAGAGCGGGUUUCCAUUUCCCACGGCUGACUCUGCCGCUACGGAUGAGAAUGUCGAAGAGGGGAAGACGUCAAGAUUGACUAAACUGCAAACUCGCCGCAUCAUGUCUCCGUCAUCACAAUACGCCGAGUUGAUGUCACUGAACGCGACCGCGCUCAAGGAAGCCCAAGGCAACAUUGAAGAGGGAUUCUUGAAGGCGUUCGAGACUCUCAAAGACUUUCAAAAGAAGCACGCAACUCUGGAAGCCGAGGAGAAGAAGUUGCAGAAUGACGUACUCGAGACACAAGUGAUGGAGAAUGCUGAGCUCAUUGCGCGCGAGAAGGCGCUCAAUCGGCGUGAGACGAACUUGGAGAAGAACGAGGAGGAUUUCGAGAAGCGCAAGAAGCAGCUGGAGAUGCGCGAGCAGGCGGUCGACGAGCGAGAGAAGGAGCUUCUGAUCCGCGAAAAGAGAGUCGAGAAGUUGGAUACCGCGAUCACAGCUGCCCUCGGCGCAUACCAACAAAUCAAGAUCACGAAGAAGGAGGGCGAGGCCGGCUCGAAUGUCACGCCACAUGCUCCUGAUACCUCGGCCUCGACUUCAAGUCUGCAUCCGCAAAAGAUGUCUGGCGAUGCGCAAAACACCUCAACUACGUCACCAAUCGCCUCCUCCCUCCCCAUCAGUGGCCAAGCGUUUCCGCAAGGUUACGCAAUCUAUUGCCCCGUUGUGGGCACUGCCACGGCACAAAUCCACGACAGCGUCGAAGAGGAGCGUCCUAUCCGGACCGCAGAGCGCAGCACUCGAGGACAUGCACCACGCCCUUCGGUCACUGUCUCGGGUGCUAUGAUGGAGAGAAUGGGAUCGGACGGCGGGGAGGAGUAUCUGAGCGAUCUUGAGAAGGAGUAUCGCUCGCGCGAGAUGCUUGACUGA